UGCCGAUCAAAUAUGGAAUAUCUAACUUUUACUAUGCUUUUAUCUAUUCUGGUAAUAACUAUAUUGAUAUUAAUACUUAAAGGCAGAAAUAAUAUAAUAUUAGCCAAUCGAAUACCAGGACCAAAUGGAUGGUUUCUUAUUGGUAUGCUACCACUAUUUUUAAAAGGACCAGAAAAAUUAAUCAAAAAUUUGUUAAGAGAAUACCGAAAUAUAAUUAAAUUCUGGCUUUUUAAUAAUUUAUAUAUUGUACUCACGAGACUUGAAGAUAUAGAAAUAGUUCUUGGAAACCCAAAAUUUUUAAGAAAAUCUAAAGAUUAUAUGGUUUUACAAGAAUCCAUUAUGGGCCAAGGAAUAUUUUCUAUUGACGACAUUGAACAAUGGAAAAAUAACAGAAAAAUAGUAAUUAGAGGUUUUAGUUUUACAUCUACAAAUUCGUUUAUACCAAUAUUUUACCAAGAAGCAAACGUACUUGCUGAAAUACUCCUAGAAAAGUGUGCCUUAAAAUCAAAUGAGUGUAAUAUUAAUGGCCCUGUUAGUAUGGCUACAAUGGAAAUGAUCGGAAAAACAGCUUUAGGUAUAACAUUUAAUGCUCAAACAGGCGGCUGCAAUCAAUUUGUCGAACACCUACAAACUGCAAUGCAUGCGUGGGAGUAUAGAGUUACACAUCCAUGGUACUUAAACAACACAUUAUUCCGAUUUUCACCAGUGAAAUAUAAACACGAUCGAAGUCAAAAAAUCAUAAACGAAUUUACAGAUGAAAUUAUAAAAAAAAAAAUCAUUGAAUUCACCAAAAAUAUAAAUAAUAGUCAGAUAAAAAUAGAAAAAGAUGAUGAAGACUGUUGCCCAAAAUCAAAAACUGUUCUAGAAAUUCUUUUAGGAAGCUCUCAUAAAAUGGACCACGGACAAAUACGAGACGAAAUUGUUACAGUUAUGAUAGGAGGGCAAGAAACAACCACUAUGGCGAUCACUUGUAUUAUUUUCAUGUUAGCUCAUCAUCAAGACGUACAAAACAAGGCACAUAUAUUAUACUUUACUAAUAAGUAUUUACAUUACGUAUAAUUAAACUCCAUUAAUUUGAUUGAGUUACAGGUAUUUGAGGAACUACAAUCAAUAUUUUUGAACGGAGAUUAUAAUAGAGCACCUACUUAUAAAGAUUUUCAACAAAUGAAAUACAUCGAAAUGGUAAUCAAAGAAACACUGCGACUUUUCCCUCCGUUGCCAUUUAUCGGCAGAAGAUUAGAUGAAGAUAUGAAAAUAGGAGAAUACAUGUGCCCAGCUGGUGCUGCCCUAGUUAUUUGCCCAAUAUUUUUACAAUCGAGUCCAUUGUAUUAUACAGAUCCAGAAAAGUUUAACCCGGACAACUUCUUGCCCGAAAAUUGUGGUAACCGACAUUCGUAUGCAUACAUUCCAUUCGGUGCGGGGCUUAGAAAUUGUAUCGGGAUCAAAUAUGCUAUGCUUCAAAUAAAAACUGUAAUUUCCACGCUAGUGAGAAAAAUAAAAUUUUCCCCGUCUGACAGAUGUCCAACACCGGAAGACCUAAAAUUAAUGUUUUUAAUGACACUUAAAUUAGUUGAUGGUUGUUACGUCAAAAUCGAACCACGGACGUGACUAGCAAUUAAUCAUUAAAAUUACAUUCAUAUUAAACCAGUCCAAAUGAUCCGAUUGAAAUUAAACGGUGCUCUA